UGUGUAGUUGGGCUUGUGCUUCUUUGGCUGGGAGCGAGGGGCUUUACUGCCGCCGCCGCCGCUGCUGCUGCUGCUUGCUUUAAUUGCCAGUUUGCGGACCUUCCCUGGCUUUCCUCAUGCUGCCCGCAGACUGUGCCCACAGACUGGUUUCUCUACUCACCCAAGCCUUGGAAGACUGCGCUGAACAAAAGCAGCGACUGCAGCAGAAACUAACACAAUGCCAAGCUAUUCUUGGAGACUGGAACUCACAAGCUCCUGAAUACCCAGUCCUUGAUGAUGGCAAAAAUGAUAAUCAAGGAAGUGAACCCUCAGCCAAGGAACUCGAGGAACUGGAGCUGCUUAACAAAGCCCUGGAGAAAGCAUUAAGGAUCCGAGCAAAGUUCCAGCAGGCUCCAUGUGAGCUUAUAGAAAGUGCCAAAGCUGCAGAAAAGAAGGCUGUUGGUAGUGCUGAUGUAAAACAGCAAGUGGAUCAUUCUAAGGAGAGCAUCUCGAAGACAGUAAAAGUGCAAUCUGUGAACAGAAAGCCAGUGCCUUCCAAAAAGCCUACAGCAUACAUGCUGAAAGCUCCCUACAGGACUGACUUAGAUGUGAAAAGGUCACAAGUGAAAAUGUCAGGCAGACUGAGCUCCAGAACUUCAAAGAUGCCAGGGAAGAAGAAGUCAGCCAAAGGGGCUGCCUCCCCCAAAGCCAUGUUGUCUGCAAAAAUAACCCAAAUGGGUCAUGAAAAGGUCUUUGCCACUGAAGAACCCAGAACACAACAUGAAUUUUCUAAAUCUUCACAUUGUGCAAAGCUAAACCCUUCAUUUGGGGACCUUGUGGGUGGGGGAGACAUUGCAGGUACUGAUGUGCCUUUUUCUGAAGCAGAGCAUAAUUUUGUUGGUCCUGCUCCAGAGUCUGUAGCCACACAGAGCCAUACGGAAGAAGGCACCCCAGGGGCAGACACAACAUCCCAGAUAUCUACUCUACAGGAAAAGGGAUCUUUGAUAAAACUGCCACACCCUUAUGGGAAAGCCUUUUCCAGGUAUACCAGGCUGGGAGAGAAAUGCCGUCUUUGCAAAACAAGCCCAGAAGCUGUUGCUGCAAGGAAUAGUUUUAUGGAGAAACUACAAGCAACAUUCUGCUUGCCUUCACUAGCCUUAAGUCCAGUUGAAGUGAAAGAAGAAUUUAAGCACCUACGUGACAUUCACUCCCAUGUCAGCCAGUGCAUGGAAGCUGAGACCUCAGAGUCUCUUGGAGAAAACCCAACUUGGCAGAGACAGUACGAAAAUCUUCUGACUCUGGAGGGCCUGCAAACGAUAGUGGGCCAGUGUCUGGACAAGGUGCACCAGUUGAGAGAAGCUAUGGAGUCCCAUUCGAAGCUGUUCCCUGCUAACUCCGCUUGCAGCGACAGAUGCUCCUCUGCAUGGUGUGCCUCCCCUGGAAGCCAGAGGUGCUGGGAUGUAGAAACUGUUGGGCCACCUCUGCUGCUUUCUUACUCCAGCUUGGAGGAGCUGAAGGAGAUGGAAGCCUUGAGACUGAAGGUGGCAAUGCUGCGCCAGCAACUUGAGAUACAGAAGGCCAUGGAAGCUGAACUCCUCCCUCUUCUAGAACCUGGACGUAUUCAGGAAAGCUCCAGAGCAUCACUGUGCCGUGCCAUUUACACCUUGCUGUGUGAAGGAGGUGAACGCUUCCCUGUUCUUGUGCAUGAUGAGGAGUUGCCCAGCUGACUUGACGCCUCAAUCUGACAUAUGACAAUGUGCAUAGAAAGCACUGAACUCUGGCUGCAGUCUUUAAACCAGUGCACAUCCUUGGACUGUUCUGUGAAUGAUCAAGCUUAAUAGUACUCUAAGGGGCAUUGCCUGCAUUCAUAAAGCAAAUAAAUUUAUUUUAUACCUUUGAAA